AAAAGUUGCGGGGGGGGCAGUAAUUGUUACACGUGCUGCUGUGGAGUACGUUCCAUCAAUCAGUCAUGUCUUGGAUGGGCGAGUCAUUGCUGCGCUGACACGAGCUUGUUGUGUAAGAUUUGGAAUGGCGUUUAGUGAUGAUGAAAACACACCCUUGAGGAGAAACGUUCAUGGCAUUGUGGGUAAUGGAAUCGUCAACUCAAGAGACACGUCCACCUAUGAGGAGCUGUUUAAGGACAGCGAGCCGUGCCCCACGUGUCGAGGCCUGGGGCGUGUCACAAAAGAACAAAAAGGCGAGCUAGUGGCGUUAAUUCCCCUCAAGGACAAAAGAUUGAAGCCGAGACGAACGGUCCAGUAUGUAGCACUGGCCAUUCUGCUGUGUGCUGUAACGGCAGGUCUCAUACUGUACUUCCUGUAUCCGCGGGACGUGAACGUCUGCAGCAGUCAGGGUCUCCUCAAUCCAGUCAGUCUCUUUGUGGACCAAAAGAAGGUCUUUGCCAACCUCACAAUAGUGAAUUCCUACAACUUCACCAACAACAACUUUUUCCCUGUGGAAGUGACAGGAGCACUGAUGGUGUCGCUGUAUGACAACAAACAGAUUGCCGUGGCAAAAAACAAGACCACUGUGGACCUCCCCACUCGCGGUGUUGGAAGAUACGAUGUUGUUAUGAAUUUGAUAUUUGAGAAGGAAAACGACUGGGAUUUCCUGGUACGUUUCUGUGAAGAUCCAAGGCCAUGGGUGCACAAUCUCCCUAUAACAUUCCAAUUAACAGCAAACUACAGCUAUCUCGGCCACAUCGAGCAGACGACGCUCACCACGUUCCAACCUGUUUCCUGCUCUAACGCCACAGAGGUCUGACCCACGGAGUUGGGAUUUUCCACAUGAAACAUGUGACCACAGUGCUGGUACACCCUGGGACACUGGAGCAGACGUCAAUCUGUGGCUAUGAACAAACUGAGUGAAGAAAGAACAAGUGUUGUCAGACACGAGGCUCCAUGUAUUGAGUGAUGUCUCUUCAUCGAGUGUUUUCUUGCUGACUCAUCGCAUCUCUCUCUGUUGAAUGUGUAAGGUCAUGUAUGCCUUGAAGACUUCAAACCAAUUUGAUUAAUCUAAAAGAAGUAUAACUUUCAUUAACAUUUAUUAUUUUUAACAAUACCAUCUGAGACUGCUACAUGAAGCAUUAUAUUUUCAGUUGAAAUAUUAAUCCAACAACCCAAAGCUUCUUGUAUUUGGAGUAAAACAAAAUUUGAGAGAAGUCUUGUAUAAUUACUGGAAAAACAAUGAACUCACGUAGAUUAUCAGUAACAGA